UUUAUACGAUGUUAGGGUUGAGUAGUUGCGCCAAAUGAACCUAAUUAAACCACUAAAAUCUAAUCCCACCUGUUUAACAAUGGUCAAUACUGUCACUGUCACUUUGACAUCAUCGUAAUGCUAUGCAGUAAAUUGUCACUACGUUAAGUCGUUAGGUCGUUGAUUUACUUUAAGCGCGUUUUAUUUCAUGAUAGGAAUAUUUUGAAUCGUCAAAUGCGUGACUUCCGUCAAAAUUUCAACUGACAUGCUUCCAAAAGGUGAAAGAUUAGAACCUCUCGGUGCUUCGGAUGACAAAAGUGACGAAAUUACCCCUUUCAAGAGUGAUUGUACCAAAUGCGUUUGCUUAGAAGAAGAAAAAGAUUUUUUACAAACGUCUCUGUUUGCGCUGACUACACAUUUCGCACAAGUGCAGUUUCGGUUGCAGCAAGUCGUCAGUGCCCCGUUCGAAGAACAAGAAAAUUUAGUAAAGUCGUUGGAGGAAUUUGCGUUCGCGGAUGUACAUUUUUUAAACGAUAAUGAUAGGGUUGAUGAAAAUUUAAUGGAAGUGGUGAAAAACAGACGCCAACAACAAAGGAUACUACUAGAGAAGCUGAAAUCCCAGUUGAAACAAUUAAGGGAGUUUGAUAUGCAGACGAGACGAGCGGAUAUGACGUGGACACAGUUAUUGGAUAAUUUGCGGAUGAAGGAAAAUUUGGAGCAACAACUGCGGGCGCAAGUCGCAGAUUUGGAACGGUUUAUUCAAUAUUUAAAGAAAUUAAGUGGCAAAUGUGCUUGUAAACAGAAUAAGAAAAGCUGUAAAAAUUAUGUUUUCGAAAUUUUCGACCGGAGCUUCUCGUUUCUGCAGAUGCUCGCUUUGCUUCAUUUUACUUGGGGUUCUAAUUGUUUCACCAAGAACACGGAAAAAACCAAUCACUGGGGUGAUUUACGAGCAAAGCUCGAACUUGCCAUCAUCGAUCUGAAAAGAAUGCUGCGUUGUAACGAAGACCCAAAAAAAAUUACCGCGACAGUUCGGAAGUGUUUAGCUACAAGGAUUAGAGAUUUAAUCCAACAUGGCAUGAGGUCGCAAUAUAUGUUGUCGUUUUUUGAGUAUUUUUCUGAACCAUCAUCGACAUCGCAUGGCUGGGAUAUUAUAAUGUAUUAUUACCAUUUUAAAAAAGGUGUUUCUCCUAAAAGCAGCAAAAAGAACUUACUUUGCGUUAUUGAAGAGAUCACUUCCACACAUUCGCGUUAUAAAAGAAGUCACGAUUCGCAUUUUAAAGCCUUCGUGUGCGCAGCUUUAAAUGCUAAAAGACUUGUGACCUGGUUGAAUCUAAUUUUCCACUGUGGAAAUAUUAUUGAGACUUUUUACUACCCAUGGAGUUACGUAGCUACCACCGGAUACCAGGACAGUCUCAGAAGUUUAGAUGUGUUAACACCCUACAAAUUUGAUCUCCCAGUUGAUUUGGACGUAAGAAAAUUCCAAAUCGAGGACAACGUUUUCGUUUAGUUUGUAGAAAUCUCGCAAUAAAUACUACAGGUUACGUAUUUGCUUAUAUAAUUGCAAACAUAUUUUACCCGCUACAUUUGUAGCGUUCAAGAUCAAAAAAGAAUUAGUCAGUGUAUGACGACAGAGUUUAUUUUUGCGGCACAAAUGUUGCUGUAGGUCCUUCGUCCUUGCCAUAUGUCGAACGUGAUAAAGAAAAUGGUCAAUAUUGUGCGACAGCUGGGUAUGAAACUUAUUCAAUAUAAAAGACCGGUUGUGCGUGUAACCAUACAUGGAAAUCUCAGCUGUACCUUACGUAAUAAUUAAAGCACCUUCGUCUUGUAAUUUGAAGAAAACGAAAGUGAAUAUGCUUGUGCAAUUUUCACGGAUUUAGAUUUUUAUGAUAGUCUGGCUUCUUCAGGACAUUGGCUUGCCAACUAUAACAAAAAGAAUCAUAUUAUAGUACACCUACUGAAAUCUAUAAAUAAUAAUUAGCUACAUGACGAUAAAUUUAAUGAAAUUACGAUUUCAGCGAAAAUAACCGCCUCCGACUUUCUCUCUUGAUGCUAACCAUGAAUGUUGUUCUAAAGAGUUCGUAAAACGCAAAAUGGUUGUUUAAUCACGUGCAACGCCUCCGAAUAAACUGA